AUGAAAUACACUUAAUACAUAUUGAAAAAUCUCAUUCCUGAAUGGAUUAAAUUAUAUCUCAACUUCAAAUACCUGAAGACUCAUUUGGCAGUGGUUACAAAAUUAAAGAAGUUAUUGAGAAAGGCCAAAAAAUUAAAACCCAAAGAUGUCUAUUAAUAACUGAAACAUGACGUAGCAUCCAAUAAACAGUUAUUCGAAAAGUUGGAGUAGGAUCGGAAUGAUUUUAUGAUUGUUUUCGAUGAAGAAUCAGAGCAAAUAUACAGUUUUACAGAGUGGAAGUAUAGAGAAUUGCUCAUUUUUUUCGAGAAAUUAGACAAACAAAUGAAAAUCAUGGAGUAAAUGGCAGAUUAUACAUAUGAAGAACGUAUUAUUGUUACUUGGAAUAUGGGUGAAUAUAUAAAGGAAAAGCCUAGUGAAGAAGCUAUUGAGGUAAGAGUUUAUCUCAAAUAAAAAGAAGAGCUUUUAGAAACAAGUUUUAAAUUUUAUAAUGAAUGCUAAUAGUUGUAAUCUUAUAUUUCAUUGAAUUCGGAAGGAAUUCGUAAGAUUCUGAAGAAGUAUAAAAAGCAAGAGCUAAAAGGCAUUAGAAAUAAGGAAAUAGAGAUUCAAUAUUUUGGCAAUGUGUCACAAUUACAAAAGAAAUUGAAGAAAUAUGAAACAAAAAUCAAUAUCUUGAAAACAGAUACCCAAUCUCUAAUGAUCAAUUAUUUUUAUGCUGAUGAUCCGAGCCAAUGUCGAGACCUGAUAAGGAAAUACACAGAAAAAGGGUAAAUCAGUUUGAAAACAGUUUUUUAUUUUGGAUUUUUUGCAGGAGCGGCAGUUAUGAUAAUACUUAUAAUAUUGGGAAUGAGAUUUGAUGGUCUCUUGGAUCCUAAUUCCGAUAAGGUAUUCAAUAAGGCCUUCCCAUGUUUCAGAGGCAUGGCUUUGUUCAUCAUAUAUUACUGGUUCAUAACCUUGGAUCUAGCAGGUUGGAAUUAUUUCAAUAUCAAUUACAAAGUCUAUUUAGGCUUUAAUCAUCAUUUUUCUACAGUUCAAGAAUUGUUGCAAAGAGUCAGUAUUUUGACAGCUAUAUUUUUGGUUACUUUCCUAUGGUAUUGUAUUGCUGUAGAGGACUCAUUAGGCGAUUUGUCCAGAGCAGUCCAAUUAUUCGAUAUCAGGUAUUUACCAAUAAUAUGUUGGAUUGUAUCCAUUCUUUACGUAUUCUAUCCAACAACCAAGUAUUUUAAUCCACAAGGCAGGAAAUGGAUGUACAAGAUGUUUUAUGGUGCAAUAUGGGGUCAUUUCAUUAAGUAUGAAUCUAGAUACACAUUCUUUACAGACUAAUUCACAUCAAUGAUCACUUCAAUGAGAGAUUUCGAUUAUACAAUCUGUUAUUAUCACCACUUUAUAUUUUUAGGUCAUGAACAUAAUGGCGAAUGCAAUUUUCAAAGGAGAUUUACUGCAGCGUAAGCCAGCAUUAUCCCUUAUUUCUUAAAGUGUAUUUAAUAUCUGACUAGAGCAAGAGACAAGGGGAAGUUUUUGUUUACAGACGAGAUGUACAAUUUUAUCAAAACAUUCAUUGCAAUGUCAGUAGGAAUUCUGGCUUAUUUGACUCGAUUGGAUAUAGGUUGGAAACAUUACUGGAUAGCAGUGGCUUGUUUCUGUUCUUGUUUUGAAUACUAUUGGGAUUUGAAGAAGGAUUUUAUGUUUUUUGAGAAGGGAACCAAAUAUAAAUUCUUGAGAAGUGAUUUAGGGUAUAAUAAUCCUUACAUAUAUUAUACUUUGGGUGUUUUGAACUUCUUUUUAAGAAUUGCAUGGGUAUUAACAAUAUCUCCUGACAUGUACAGGAUAAUUGGAAUUAAGAAUGAAAUCUUUAUCUUAGGAUUUGGAUUCUUAGAAAUGAGUAGAAGAUUGAUUAACAAUUUCCUCAAAAUGGAAAAAGAACAUAUUAAUAAUUUAAGAUCUCUAAAAAGCAUAUCAGAUAUGAAAUUUCCGUUUAAAGAGAAAGCAGAUUUAGAAUUAGAAGAAAUAAAAAGUGUUUAUGAUGUAGAAUCUAUUUCUACUCUUCCUAGAGCGAGUCUUGGAGAAGAACAGCAACAGGAAGGCUAACAAUUAGAUUCCAAUGAGAGAAACAACCUUAAGUUAUCAGAGAUAAAUCCAAAAAUAGUAAUCAAUUAAUGUGAUGAUUCGAAAGAGGAGAUACGUAGUCCAACUAAGAUGUUGUAAUCUCCAAAACAUUCGAUGUUUAGUAAGUAAAAUAAAAAGGUUUCUUUCCUAAAUUUAUAGUUUCCUUAAUAAGAAGAACUUCAAUUAUAAUAAUAACAAUCUGUUCUAUCCAAGAAACAGAGUAUUUUGAUUGAUCGGUAAUUCUAAGAUAUUAAGAUACCGAGAAACAUCUCCUUUGAAAAUUAUUUGAAUUUCAAAUAAAGUUUAAGGAGAAUCAAUUCAUUCAGAUUGACCCAAUUUUUAGAAUAACCAAAAGAUACACAAAUAAAUGUUCAUGAUUAUCUUGAUAUCCAUCCAAAUAUGGAUUUGGUAGAAAAGGCAAAGAGGGAGGAAAUUCAAAUGUAAUCAAAACAAAAGAAAUUAAAAAAUGAUAAUAAAUAAUAUUUAAAGAUGAUCGAAUAAUAUUAUAUUAAAUAUGACGUUAAAUUGAAGCAUUAAUGA